AUGCCAGCUAAACAGUCGAUUACAAAGCUUCCACCUGAACUUUUUGUCGAGUUUUGCGCUUAUUUAACGCCAAGUGAUUUAUUCAUCCUUUCUAAAGUAUGUCGUAAAUUCUAUUGUUACUUAAGUGCACCAAAUUCCUUUUCUACCCAGCAAAUAUGGAAGAAAUCUCGAUUAAAAUUUAUGACAAAUGACUUGAUGCCUCCACCAAAUGGAAUGAAUGAAAAGUGUUAUGUUGAAUUAUUAAUAACGGAACGAGGUUGUCAAAUUUGUAAAAUUAAUAAAAAAUGCAAGAUUUAUUGGGAAUUCGGAGUUAGGUGUUGUUCAAAAUGUUUCUCUGAGAAAACCAUAAUGGUUGAAUCGUAUGUGGAUUAUCCAAGAGACUUGCUUGAAAUUAUGCCAUUUAUUAACAAAUAUGGUAACAUGUAUUAUUGGAAAGAACGAUUAGACUUUGAUUGUGAUCAAUACACGUCAUUUUUUCAUGGUUAUUUAUCGAAUUUGCAAUCUUGGUUAGAUGUUAAAAAAAAUAAGUUUGAUUCUAUAAUGAAAUAUGCCAAAGCUAAACAAAAAAAAAAUGAAGUGAAAAAGAUAAGUUUUUCAUCUGAUUGGCAAUGUCCUAAUAUACCCUAUGUAUGA